CCGUCUCCUGCAUGUUGUGCCCAGACUGGCUGUGGGUGCGCGUUCUCCGGGUCAUUGUCCGCACGCAGCUCCACCGAGGAGUGUGGAAGGAAGGCCGCUUCCCCCACAUCGGGCGGUCGGAGACAUACCGCUGCUGGUGAGAGCGCAGUCUGACCUGCCCAUUGCCGGCGAGUGGCUUAGAGUGGAGGAAGGAAGAGCGGCGGAUCGGGCAGGCCCACUCCACGGCCACAUAGACAGCGAAAGCGGGAAGCCCGGGCUCCGGCUUCGGCUCCUCCCACUCGUCUUUUGGAGUGAUUGUGGUUGUUUGUGUGCGUGUCUCCUUCCGAGGGGUUACACUGGUUAGAGUUUGGCAGCGAGACUUAUGGAUGCCCCAUUGUUCUGGCUGGUCGACAGAAGACAUCGCUGAAUUAGACUGGUUAUUACUGCUCAAUAUUAGGCAUCACUGGCCUAAAAGUGCUGUUGGUUACCAUCAGUUUCUGCUGGUCAAUAACGAGCAUCACUCAUCUAUACUGCUUACUGCUGGUCAACUGGAUACCGCCAAUCAAUAGUAGGCGCGACCGACCACAUUUAGCUGAUCACUGGUCAGCUGAUCACCAUGAGGAGCAGAAGUAACUCUGGCGUUCGGCUGGAUGGGUAUGCGAGGUUGGUGCAGAGGACCAUUCUAUGCCAUCAGAACCCAGUCACGGGACUGUUGCCAGCGAGUGUGGAUCAGAAGGAUGCCUGGGUGAGAGACAACGUGUACAGUAUUCUGGCUAUCUGGGGCCUGGGAUUAGCCUACCGCAAGAAUGCUGACCGAGAUGAAGAUAAGGCCAAAGCUUAUGAACUCGAGCAGAGUGUUGUGAAGUUAAUGAGGGGGCUCCUCCAAUGCAUGAUAAGACAGGUGGAGAAAGUUGAAAAGUUUAAACAAAGCCAGAGCACGAAGGACUCUCUCCAUGCCAAGUACAAUACAGCCACGUGUGCGACAGUGGUCGGUGACAAUGAAUGGGGCCACCUUCAAGUGGAUGCUACCUCCCUCUAUCUGCUCUUUCUUGCACAGAUGACUGCAUCAGGGUUACGCAUCAUUUUCACCUUGGAUGAAGUAUCGUUUAUACAGAAUCUUGUAUUUUACAUCGAGGCUGCUUAUAAAGUUGCUGAUUAUGGCAUGUGGGAGCGAGGAGAUAAAAUGAACCAGGGAAUAGCAGAGUUGAAUGCAAGCUCUGUGGGCAUGGCCAAGGCAGCUCUGGAGGCAAUCGAUGAGCUGGAUUUGUUUGGAGCCUGUGGAGGCCCACGAUCAGUCAUCCAUGUUCUUCCGGAUGAGGUACAACAUUGCCAGUCCAUUCUUCUUUCUAUGCUACCCAGAGCAUCUACAUCAAAAGAGAUUGAUGCUGGGCUGCUUUCAAUUAUUUCCUACCCUGCCUUUGCUGUGGAAGACAUCGAUCUGGUGAAUGUGACAAAGAAUGAAAUCAUUACCAAGCUGCAAGGACGAUAUGGCUGCUGUCGAUUUCUAAGAGAUGGAUACAAAACUCCAAGAGAGGACCCAAACAGGCUGCACUAUGAUUCUGCUGAAUUGCAGUUGUUUGAAAACAUUGAAUGUGAAUGGCCCGUGUUCUGGACUUACCUCCUCAUUGACGGAGUAUUUAAAGAAGAUAAGGUGCAGGUUGAAGAGUACAAAGAAGCCCUGGAAGAAGUUCUUUUAAGGGAACAGAAUGGCAUACGGCUAAUACCAGAACUGUACGCUGUUCCUGCUGAAAAGGUGGAUGAGGAAUACAAGAACCCACAUUCUGUGGACAGAAUUGCAAAAGGAAAAUUGCCUCAUAUGUGGGGACAAUCUUUGUAUAUCCUUGGGAAUCUCCUCUCUGAGGGAUUUCUAGCUCCUGGAGAAAUUGAUCCAUUAAAUCGAAGACUUUCUACCAUUAGCAGGCCUGAUGUUGUUGUCCAAGUGUCAAUAUUGGCUGAAUCUGAAAAGAUUAAGAACAUUCUGGCAAAGCAUGGUUUACAAAUUGAGACCGUUUCUGAUGUUUUUCCAAUCAAAGUGCAGCCAGGAAGAAUCUUGAGCCACAUAUAUGCAAAGUUGGGAUGCAACAAGAAAUUGAAUCUUAGUGGCCGCCCAUAUAGACAUAUUGGCGUUCUUGGUACCUCGAAGUUGUACGUGAUCAGAAACCAGACCUUCUCGUUUACUCCACAGUUUAUUGAUCUGCAUCAAUUUUACUUGGCCUUGGACAACCGUAUGAUUGUGGAAAUGCUCCGGACCGACCUCGCCUACCUCUUCUCCACCUGGAAGAUGACAGGCCGUCCAAUGGUCACCUUCCCCAUCACUAAAACCAUGCUGACUGAGGACGGAACAGACAUUGACUCCAACAUUCUUUGCACCCUGCGAAAGCUGCACGAUGGUUAUUUUGGAGGGGCCAGGAUAAAAACCGGGAAACUGUCGGAAUUUCUGAUUACCUCAUGCUACACACAUCUGAGUUUCAUGGAUCCAGGACCUGAUGGUUUCCUUUUGGAUGAUUAUUUCAGUGAAGGCGGUUUCACUCCUACAACAGAGGUGGCAGAAUCUGUAUCUGUACAUGAUUCAUGCUACAGAAAUGAUGUUGACAAUGAAGAUGAGCUCAUGCAGUACGUAAAUCACUUGCUACAGAGCACAACACCUGUAUCGAAGCAACUUCCUCCAACUUCCUGGAAACCAGGAAUGCAUCACGUGUUCGAGGCUGAGCACACAACGAAGGAUGUGAUCGAGAUGGUGGCCAAAGCAACAGGACUGGAAUUACCAAGUUGCUCCAUGUACCUACCCAUGAAAGUUCCAGUUAUUCAUCGGAAGACUCUGAAUUUGCUGGAAGUUCCAAAUUCACAAAUGGUGAAGACGGAUCAUCGUGUGGAUCUCAGCUUGCCCAAGGAUGCCCAUGGGGAUAUUGACUUCGCGUUAUUGGUUGAACAGUUGAAAGAAUGCAUCACACUACAAGACCAGGCAGAUAUACUCUACAUCCUGUAUGUCAUUAAGGGCCCAGAUUGGGACACAAAUAUUGGGGGACAGAAUGGUGCCACAGUACGAAGCCUCUUGACUGAGCUGUACAGUAAAGCCGGCCAAAAUCGUGAGUGGGGACUGAUCCGCUACAUUUCAGGCAUGCUCAGGAAGAGGAUUGAAGUCCUCGCUGAGGCUUGCACAGACCUCCUGUCGUAUCAGAAGCAGCUAACGGUUGGCCUUCCCCCAGAACCGCGUGAGAGGAUCAUCACAACCCCUCUACCCCCUGAUGAACUGGCUGAACUUAUUUAUGAAGCAAGUGGUCAAGACAUCAGCUUAGCAGUUCUGACCCAGGAAAUCAUGGUCUACCUUGCAAUGUACGUAAGGACACAACCCUCUCUCUUUGCUGAGAUGCUCAGGCUGAGAAUCGGACUCAUCAUUCAGGUGAUGGCCACAGAGCUUGCUUACAGUCUUUGUUGUUCAGGAGAAGAAGCUUCUGAGAAUUUGAUGAAUCUGUGCCCUUUUGACAUGAAGAAACUCCUGCAUCACAUCCUAAGUGGAAAAGAGUUUGGUGUGGAAAAAAGUGUCCGAUCAGUGGAUUCUAUUGGCAUGAGUCCUGCUAUUUCCAUCCAUGAAGUUGGCCACACAGGAGCAACAAAAACCGAGAGGGCAGGCAUCAAUAAGCUAAAGAGUGAAAUGAAACAGCAAUGCAGCAGCCCAUCGUCUCCCACAGGCACAGCAUCUCCCACCAACUCCUUCAGUGCCCACUUGAGCUGGGAUGACCGUCAGGGGCAGUGGUUGCGUCGACGCCGCCUCGAUGGAGCUAUUAACCGAGUCCCCAUGGGUUUCUACGAAAAGGUCUGGAAACUUCUCCAGAAGUGCCAUGGCAUUUCCAUUGAUGGCUUUGUGAUUCCUUCUUCAACCACAAGAGAAAUGACACCCCAAGAGAUAAAAUUUGCAGUGCAGGUUGAGUCCGUUCUGAACCGUGUUCCUCACCCUGAAUACAGACAGCUUCUGGUGGAAACCAUUCUAGUCCUCACCGUACUCGCAGAGCUGGAGGUCCACAGUGUUGGUGGUGUAAUAUACGUGGAUCACAUCAUACUCAUGGCCAAUGAGUAUUUUUUACAAGACCAGAAAUCCCUUGGAGCAAGUGAUUCCAUAUUAGACAUUGAUGCAACCACAAGGGUUUGCAAUUUGUUCUACGACAGUGCUCCCAGUGGCAACUAUGGAACCAUGACCUACCUGACCAAAGCAGUUGCCUCUUAUGUACAAGACUUCCUGCCAAAUACUGGCUGUUUUCUGCAGUAGAAUUGUGACCCUGUGAAGCAUGAAGAGCUUCCUCUUGACAACGCUUUAUAGUUCCACCGCUUUUUAAAUGAACAUGUUUCUGAUAGAGUUAUGUUAACUGAAAUGCAAUAAUACAAGGGAUAAUAUGAAGCAUUGUUUAUUUAAUACUGUUAUUUAUUUGAGUCAGUUAUGACUCCUAUAUUUGUAGCUAUUGACAUGUAGAAUUUUACUCAGUUGAAACUGGCAGGUUUGAAGGUUCACCUUUACGUUUGACUUGUUGGAAAACAACCACAGCAUAUAGUGAGAAAAAUGGUUACCAAGUAUGUUUUGUGCAUACUAAAUGUUCUAUUUUCACUCUUCUGCAGUAAAGUAUAUGGAGAUCUGAUAAUCCACAUUUUAGCAUUUAGCAGGGAACAGAAUUCUAUUUUCGAUUAAUAUACAAGAUUAUUUCCAGAAUGCUUAACUACAGCUUUUGGCUAGUGAAAGUGACGAAAACCUAUUAUGCAUGGUCUUGCAGAUUGUAUUUGUAGUGUAGAAAUUUUGCAAAUCAGAAGUGGUGGAAUGAAGCAUCAACCAGACCGAGACUGGUAACUUCCAAUGCAAAUUGACAUGGGCAUUUCCUUAUUAGGAAUCUUAAUAGAGCAUGUUGAGAUAGAAUUUUGUAUUGCACAUGUAUGCAGAUAAGAAAACGAGGGUUUUUUUUAAAGCUUUAUGGAGCUGUGUAUCAGAGUAAAGCCAAGCUGUGCAUUAAUGAAUUUGCUGCAUGCACAGUUUUAGAAUGUAUUUUCCUAUUAACUGAAAACUCUUCUUAACACGCUAAAUUAACAGGAGUGCAUUAGGGCCAGCAUCAGACUGAAAAUCAAUACAAGGGUACUUGAUAUAAUCUAAUCAUGUGUAAAUACUAAAUGUGUCUCAUUGCAUCUGAUGAAAUAAAUAGUUUGAAUGCGAUGAAAAGAUACAAGCUGCUUAUAUGCUGAAUGUAAUGUGCCCUGGUACUUGUUGUGUAAAGAUUUUGAUGGAAAAUAGAACUAUUUUAUAUUUAUAUUCGUAGUAUGUAAACCUGAACAAAAUGUAAUAUUAACAUGUUGCUGCAAUGUUAUUUCAGGUGAUUUACUUUUUAUCAUUCUAUGUUUUUUUGUGUUAUUUAUUUAAUUAGGUUCUCUUUAUCUAGUUUUAGGACUUAAGUGAAGAUCUGAUCACAUUUUAGGUCAUAUUUAUGCAGAAAUAGAGGAAUUUCUACAGGAUUCACAAACUUUCUAGCACCACUAUAUUUAAAGUGGAAUUUGAAGUUUCUUGAUUAGUAAGUACGCCAAAGGUUACAGGGAGAAGGCAGGAUAAUGGGGUUGAGGGGGAAAAUAAAUCAGCCAUGAUGGAAUGGUGGAGCAGAUUUGAUGGACAGAAUGGCCUAGUUCUGCUCCUAUAUCUUAUGGUCUUAUUUUGGAAAGCCAAAUAGGGGAGGGCAUAUACAGUCAGUUGGUUUGAAUAUUGGUUUAGUCAUAGGAGAUAGACUGUCCUUACUUCUACAAAUAAGGAUUGAAACAUGCUCAGAAACAGUACUUCAAAGUAUAAAAGUAAGUUUUAUCAAAGUACACAUAUGUCACCACGUACAGCCCGGAGAUCCAUUUUCCUGUGGGCAUACUCAGCAAAUCUAUAGAAUAGUGACUAUAACAGGAUCAAUGAAAGAUCAACCAGAGUGCAGAAGACAACAAACUGUGCAAAUGCAAAUAUAAAUAAAUUGCAAUAAAUAGCAAGAACAUGAGAUAAAGUGUCCUUGAAGUGAGAUCCUUGGUUGUGGGAACAUCUCAAUGGAUGGGCCAGUGGGUGUAGCUAUCCCCUUUUGUUCAAGAGCCUGAUGGUUGAGGGGUAGUAACUGUUCUUGAACCUGGUGGUGUGAGUCCUGAGCCUCUUGUACCCCACCACCCAGGACAUGCUCUCUUCUCGCUGCUGCCAUUAGGUAGGGGGUACAAGAGGCUCAGGACUCACACCACCAGGUUCAAGACGGAUGUUGCUUUCCUACAAAAGCAUUUCAUGUAGGUGUGCUCAAUGGCUGAGAGGGCUUUACCUGUGAUGUGCCCAGCCAACUCCACAAUCUUUUGUAGAACUUUCUGUUCAAAGGCAUCCUACUCUGCCAGAGUAUGGACAGGAAUCUUCCAGAUUUACCUGUACUUUGCCGUUAUAUUAAGAAAGGAAUCCUAGAAUGCUGAGAGGUCAAGUUAUUUAACAGUAUUGUUCCAUUCUGUUUAUUUGAGGGGGACUGUUGUGAAAGCGUAAUAUACUUUGAGCGUAAGGGUCUCAAAGCUUCGAAGAUAGACUAUAGUACAAGAGUGAACUAAAUGUAUACAAGGCCUUGGUGAGACCACACCUAGAAUAUUGUGUGCAGUUUUGGUCCCCUAUUCUGAGGAAAGACAUUCUUGCCAUAGAGGGAGUACAGAGAAGGUUCACCAGAUUGAUUCCUGGGAUGGCAGGACUUUCAUAUGAAGAAAGACUGGAUCGACUAGGCUUAUACUCGCUGGAAUUUAGAAGAUUGAGGGGGGAUCUUAUUGAAACGUAUAAAAUUCUAAAGGGAUUGGACAUGCUAGAUGCAGGAAGAUUGUUUCCGAUGUUGGGGAAGUCCAGAACGAGGGGUCACAGUUUAAGGAUAAAGGGGAAGCCUUUUAGGACUGAGAUGAGGAAAAACUUCUGCACACAGAGAGUGAUGAAUCUGUAGAAUUCUCUGCCACAGGAAACAGUUGAGGCCAGUUCAUUGGCUAUAUUUAAGAGGAAGUUAGAUAUGGCCCUUAUGGCUAAAGGGAUCAGGGGGUAUAGAGAGAAAGCAGGUACGGGGUUCUGAGUUGGAUGAUCAGCCAUGAUCAUACUGAAUGGCGGUGCAGGCUCGAAGGGCAGAAUGGCCUACUCCUGCACCUAUUUUCUAUGUUUCUAUGUAGUGGUGGAGGAAUGUUCUUCAAACCAGAUAUCUGUGUCCAUUGGUGUUCCACAAGGAUCAGUGCUGGGACCUUUGCUGUUUAUAAUAUAAACAACUUGAUUGAAAGUGGAGGUGGUCUGGUUAGUAAGUUUGCCAAAGAAGUGAAAUAGUUAGAAUUUCUGGAUACUGAGGGUGUUUGCCAGAGAAUAGACACAAUAUAGACCAGUUGGAAAUUUGGACAGAGAACUGUCAGGUGGAGUGUAAUGCAGACAAGUGUGAAGUGCAGCACUUUGGAAAGGCUAAUGUAAGAAGAAAGUUUUCAGUAAAUAGAACCAUUAAAUGUAUUAAUGUACAGAGGGAUCCUGGAAUGCAAUCCAUAGCUCCCUAUAAGUGACAGCAUGAGUCGAUCGUGGUUAAAAAGGCAUUUUGCAUGCUUGCCUUCAUUGGUUGGGAAAUUAUGUCUGAAUGUCGGGAAGGCAUGUUGCAACUGAAUAAAUCUGUUAGGCAGCAUCAGGAAUACUCUAUUCAGUUCUGGGAGCCUCAAGAAAGGAGGGAUUAGAUCUUUGGAGGUCAUGCAGAACAGAUCCAUCUGGUUUCAGCUGUAAGGAGAAAUUCAACGAUCUAGGAUUUUCUCUAAAGCUUCAGAGGUUUGAGGUUCACCAGUGAACAACUUGACCAACAAUUCUGAUUCUGUAACAAGUUCAAUAAAAUUACUAUCCUAAAAUGCCAAAUAUUAAUAAAGACUGAUAUUAAUGACAUUGAGAACACUUUACAGUUUAAGCCUCGACUAUGUAUACAAGUAAUUGUCUAGGAUUGCUUCUGGAACCCUAAUCACUUAUUGUAAGGACUGAGGAUAUACCCUCCACUGUACCCUCCACUGGUAUUGAUGCAGAGCUGGGUGUAGCCGCCAUUUUUAUAGUUGC